GAGAGAAAGGCUGAGCCCCUAAGAGGAGAAGUGAGUAUAUUACAGUUGUCUUUUGUUGUGAAGAGAGCAGCUGGGCUUCACCCUGGAUUUUAUUCCUUUUUAAAAGCUGCCGCACCAUGAACCUUUCGGAGCAGAUUUCCUCUCUCUUCAGCUGUAAUGUCAACCCAAGUGAGAAGCCACAGCUUGAGAUAAGUGUCUUCAAAAGGGAGCCCCUAAAUAUAGCUGUCCCCAUGACCAUUUUCUACAGCAUCAUUUUCUUCUUUGGAGUCACACUCAAUAGUGUGAGCUUGCUGACCCUCCUCAUGGAUGCUCAAAUGAGAGUCAGUGCCAUUCGUUUCUACCUCAUCAGCCUGGUCAUAUCAGACAUUUUGCAGCUGUUGACCCUCCCGGUAACUUUGUAUCGAUACUAUUGGGAGAGCUACCCAUGGCGUCUGGGCCGCACAGUGUGCAAAGUCUACUUCAUGGUGCGUCAAGUGUACUGUGCCACCACAAGCUGGGUUAUCAUGACCUUCACCACUGAGCGCUAUGCAGCCAUUUGCCACACAAUGUGGUCCGUCUCCAGCCUGAAGAAGUUUCGUCUGCCGUGCCUCCUCUCGGUCUGGGUCAUUUCUCUGGUCUCGGCUGUGCCCUUUGCUCUGGUCUAUGACCAGGCUCUUGCCUGCAUCCUGGACUACACUGCCGCUACACGAGCAGACGCCUUCCAUGUGUCCACCAUGUGUGAGAUGACAGAGCCGGAUCCCGCACACAUUUACAAAGCUGCUUUGCUCGUCAGAGCGGGAAUCUUCUUUCUGGUCCCACUGGUCUCCAUCUGUAUUCUCUAUCUGCUCAUCCUGCUCUACCUGAUGCAGAAUGGACGUCAAAGGAGAAAUAUGGGUCUAACGAGGCUGGAUCCUGAAGGAAGACGAGAUAUUCAGUGCCAUCAGAAUGGAAAGCUACUUUUGAAUGAAAGGAGAGCUCUUAAACUGAUGGGUGCGGUCUUGGUGGCCUUUUUCGUCUGCAACUUUCCGGACAUUGCCUCGUCGCUGAUGCAGGUUUACGUGGUGGUGUGGUCCGACACGGUCCUUUCGGUCUACACAAUCCUGAAAUCGUACUUGUCUCUUCCACUGUGGUAUAUCAACGGGGCUCUGGACCCGCUGCUGUUCUGUAUUUCCUCCCACACAUUUCGCAGGGCCUGCUGUAGAACUCUGGGCAGGAUCAGGUCUCACUGCUACUGGAGAUUUGGAAGCAUGUCUUGGCUGCGUCAGAGAACAUCUAGUGAAGAAGCAAGCUCGACGGCCAUUAAAAAGAAUUCUGGUAAAUGCUUUCGCAAGAAUAUGGCCAAAAAGAGAAACACAAUCUCUGACCACACCAAUCAUAAAAUUGGUAAUAGCAUGAAAGCCCCUUUCAAGAAGAGCAGCAACAACCAAACUGAAUUGUUAUCUCUUGUUGCCCCUCAUGCAGCAGUUGUUGCUGUAUUAUUGAUAUAUAUAUAUAUAUAUAUAUCGCUGUGCAUCCAGCUCCACCAGUACAGUACCUUUUGGGAAAAUGUAAUUUGGUUUUAACAAAAAUAUUUUCACCUUGGAAUAAAAACGGAAAUGAUUGUUUUUCACUGUAAGUCCCUGUCACUGUAAGAAUAUCUCAGAAUGUAGUUGUAAGCUGUAAUUUUUCUGUUUCUGUUUAUUUCUUGCCAGAAAUGAGGUUAGGGUUAAGUAAGUGUGGUGCUUAAAAGCUUAAAUCAUUGUGAUUGAUGUGAAGACAUUCAAUGUCAUGUAUUUCAAGUGUGAUAUGACUCACUCAAAUUACUGGGUAAAAUAUGCUAGUGUUUAUUUCUAUGUUGAGUUUGAAGUAUUAAGUAUAUUGUUCAAGAGUUUGAAAAUGUUAGAUGCUACAGUAAUGUCAAUAUUGCAAAGUGCCAUUGCCAGAAAAAAUACAAAUGAUGAAACUUCGUCACCUCUGAGUUAGACAAAAAGCAAUUGAUGCUGGCCACGUUUAAAGUGUAAUGAAAAUGUAUCAGUCUACUAAUUUUCUGUAGACAGUAAACCUUUCUCCUCACUUGACAAUGUAGUUCAUCGAACUAAAAAUACAUUUUUCGAAAAGUGUAGGAUAGACCUGAGGAUGAAUGACUGUGUUUUAUAAGAAAUUAAUUUACACUCACAUUCUGAGAAGCUCAUUGUUGACAUAAGGGUUAAGAGGUCGAAUGAGCACUUGAAAGGGAUCACUAACCGUCCCACAAAGAAUCAUCACUCAACUCUGCAGUGACAUAUGUGAAUUGUCAUUGGCUGUGAAUUGUCAUUUGGUUUUGCCAUUGUCGGUAUACUUGAAUCUCUCAACAAAUAAAACAAAUUGCUCUAUUUCUGCUGAACUUACAACCGUUCCCUAAAACACUUAAUUUAAAUAAAUUGGCGGAAUGUUACAUUCAUUGCUCAAGGUUCAAUUUGAUGAUGCUUUAAACCCCUUGU